AUGAUAGCAAAUUUAUUUUCUAUUUUUGAUCCUGCAGCAGCUUUAAACUUACCUUUAAAUUGAAGAGCGUCUUUAUUAGGAUUAUUCUUAAUUCCUUGAACUUAUUGACUUCAAUCUAAUCGAUACUCUAAGAUAUUUUCUAUAGUUGUUAAUCAACUUCAUUUGGAAUUCAAAACUUUAGUUGGGCCAUCUUCUUCGCAAGGGCACACAUUGAUUUUUAUUUCAUUAUUCAUAUUUAUUUUAUUUAAUAAUUUAUUAGGAUUGGCACCAUAUGUGUUUACUGCUUCUAGUCAUCUUGCUAUAACUUUAAGUCUAGCUAUGCCUUUAUGAUUAUCUUUUAUAGUUUAUGGUUGAUUAAAUCACACACGACACAUACUAGCCCACCUUGUACCAUUAGGUACCCCAGGCGUCUUAAUGCCUUUUAUGGUUUUAAUUGAAACUAUCAGUAAUGUUAUUCGUCCUGGAACUCUUGCGGUACGUUUAGCAGCUAAUAUAAUUGCAGGCCAUCUUCUUUUAGUAUUAUUAGGGAAUCAAGGCCCUUCUAUUUCUUCUUCUUUAUUAUCAAUUUUAUUAAUUACACAAAUCUUGUUAUUGACUUUAGAAAGAGCCGUAGCUAUUAUUCAAUCAUAUGUUUUUGCUGUUUUAGCAACCCUAUAUUCUAGAGAAGUUGUUUAA